AUGUCGAGCGCGAUUGUGGGCAACGGUUCAGAGGAAAUCAAAGCGCAUCUCAAGGAUAUCCCCAAACUUUUUUUAAAUGGCCGCCCUAAUAGCUUUGCCGCCUCGAUUCUGAGGCGAUUGACACUGGCUGAAGUAACAAUCAAGAGUAAUGUGAUAGAGCCUCAACGGAAAGAGAGCUUGGUAGUAUACACAAUUACUGUGGAAGAAGAUAUGGUGAAUGGAGGAGGUAAUAUACACGGAGGCUGCUCUGCCUUCCUCAUAGACGUAUGCUCAACCGGCUCCAUUAUGGCUUUGAAGAUUUCGCAAGGUGUUGCUAGCUUUGACGUAUCUCAGUCGUUGAACAUCGUCUAUCACGCUCCCGCCACAAUUGGAGAAAAUUUACGGAUAGUGAAUACGACAAUGACUGUAGGCAGACGGGUCGCCUCAGCCAGGACGGAGAUCUGGAGCGAAACGCACCAUCGACUCGUGGCUUCCGGAGUUCAUAUAAAAAUGGAACCUAGUCCGACAAAAUUGUGA